AUGGCGCCCAAGGCGGAGAAGAAGCCCACGGCGAAGAAGCCGGCGGAGGAGGAGCUCGCGGCGGAGAAGGCACCGGCCGGGAAGAAGCCCAAGGCGGAGAAGCGGCUCCCCGCGCAAGGGCGGGAGGGCGGCGGUGAGGGGAAGAAGGGCAGGAAGAAGGCGAAGAAGAGCGUGGAGACGUACAAGAUCUACAUCUUCAAGGUGCUGAAGCAGGUGCACCCGGACAUCGGCAUCUCCUCCAAUGCCAUGUCCAUCAUGAACUCGUUCAUCAACGACAUCUUCGAGAAGCUGGCGGGCGAGGCGGCCAAGCUCGCACGCUACAACAAGAAGCCCACCAUCACCUCCCACGAGAUCCAGAACUCCGUGCGCUUCGUCCUCUCCGGGGAGCUUGCCAAGCACGCCGUCUCCAAGGGCACCAAGUCCGUCACCAAGUUCACCUUCUCCUAG